AUGGCCUCAGAAAAUGGAGAAAAACUAGACCUUCGUUUGAACAUUGUGUCUGAUACCAAGCAGCAGAAGGAGUGGAUCAGUUUGUCCCUUAGGGUGGUGGCGUUUGUGGCCACAGCAUCUGCUACACUUAUUAUGGCACUCAGCAAACAAACCAAAAGCUUGGUAGUGGCCACCAUUGGCACAACCCCACUAACAAUUGCUCUCACUGCUAAGUUUCUCCACACUCCAGCUUUUAUUGAACAGGGACUUCGUCUUGGUCUCAUUGCAAUAUUAGACGUGAUGGCAGUGGCUCUAGCAGCAAGUGGAGAUGGUGCAGCAAGUUUCAUGGCAGAAGUAGGAAGGAAUGGGAAUUCACAUGCAAGGUGGGAUAAGAUAUGUGACAAAUUCGAAGCAUACUGCAACAGAAGUGGGGUUGCCCUAAUUGCCUCCUUCCUUGGCAUCACUCUCCUCCUCGUUGUUAAUGUCAUCUCCAUCACCAAGCUCUUCAAGCUAAAUCGCAUUUAA